GGACCCGGAAGUGAGCGUGGCUGCGGACGUGACGUAAGACUCAACCACUUCGUUGUGGAUUGUGUCCUGAGGAAGCGAAGCUGGUUCAGUAUGUCGUUUCUUCGGAUACUUUCUCGGGUCGUCGUAUCACACCGAGUUGGGUCUGGGUCCAGGUCAACAUUUACAAGCUCCAAGCGUGACACUGCUCACUCAAACUGGCUCAGUGUGGGUUUAGCGUUUGGAUCUUCAGUGGGCUUGUGGGCGCUGCUCUUCAGGCAACACAGCAGGGAUGUACAAGAAUACGAAGCGACAAAUGCCCUAAAAUGACCUGCGUCCUCCAGUCUGGACUUGCCCUACUACAAGUUUCAACUUCUACUCUCUCAUACUCAAUGGAAAUAAAUGUAUAGAAGAACUGAAGAAGACAAGACUGAUUUUUUUUUUUAAUAUGUGGUAUUCAACAAAUUCUCAACCUUGGUGAGGAUCUGUUCUCGGCAUUUGACUCUUUUAAAAUUACAUUGGACCUUGACAGACGACAGCAGUGUGUUUCCGGUUGCACCUAACCCACUAUGAUUUUAAAUAUUGACUUAAGAAAAAUGAACAACCCCCAUCCAUAGAAAACGCUCAAUUGGUUUCACAGGGUCACAAGGGUAGGUAGUACCUGCACCACGACUCUGCUGUCUGCAGCAGCCAAGAAUAUCUUCCCUAAACUUGGAUUCAAAACAAGCAUUGCACAUUCUGCAGUUGUACCUUACAUGAUGGAUCUAUAGUCUAAUUGGGUGAGUGAAGUCGCAGAGCCUCAAUCGCAGUGGACUGGAGGAGUAUCAUACUAUGGACGUCUCUGAAUGGUAACUACCGUACACUAGAGCUGGUCAAUUAACCGAAAAAUUAAGUGAUGUUGAGUGUGGGAUUCCGUGUGUUCAGACACCUGAUGGGUGAGAAGGUCUCCUCUCGAUUGGUUGGAACAAACUGGCAUGGGUUGGUGGCGUCGAAUUCAGGGGUUAUUGCAGGGUUAUUGAAAAUGUUUGAGGAGCCAGAGAAGCUUCAGUGAUGGAUUUCUUUUCUACAUACAAAACAUUUAUAUCCGCAAUGGCUGACAUGUAUUGAGUUGUAUAUAAGUUAUUGGUUUCAUUUGAUAUGGCUCAAAAUUCAGAACUGACUCCUCAUCAGACAAAUAUGCACCUCUGAAGAUGUGCGUUAUUGAAGUAGUGUCUGUACCGGAUUGACAACAUUUACAGGAUUACCACGCACAUGUGCACUGACCAGGCGCAUUCCGCCAUAUUUUCAUGACAAUUCUAAAAGACCAAAAUUAAGUCUGGGAGCAUACUGUAUUCACUGUAUGAUGGAACAGUCAUUACAUGCAGCCACAGACUCUAUUUCGAAUGGACAUGAAAAAACAGAAAAGAGAUGCUCUGCUAGGCGGGCUGGGAAGUGUAAAACAUAUUUAAAGAAACACAGGAACUUUCAGUUUUGGUUGAUUUUGGCGGCGCCGGUGGCCUAAUGCGGUAGUGUUUUGCCUGAAGAAGACCACAUUUCCCAUGAGCACCAGCGAGCGCAAGGUGUCGAAAAAUCCUCUUCUCCGGUUGCCGACAGUUGGAGGGGGCUGUCUGCAUCCAGUGUGUGUGUGAAUGAUGAACAGCGAUGAGGUAACGAAUGUAAUUGUGGCUACACAUUAUCAUGUGACAGAUGUUUGAAAAAUGAAACGUUUAACUUUGGUUCCCUAGCGUAUUUGUCACUUCCCUGACCCCGACACGGCAUCACUGUCGUCGGGCGACGCACUGACGAGUUUAGAGCUAUUAAAUAUAUAUAUGUCAAAUGUUAUGUUGUGCAAUUUCACAGUAAACACACGCACCCUACCCAUUAGGAAGGUGCACCAUUGCCUGAAUAUAAACUAUGCACAACUUGCACAGAUAUUUAGUUCAGUGUUUUCCUCUACUGUUAUAAUGCUCUUAUUAGGAUUCUAUGUAGCGAAUGUACAUACAUACAUUGAUUGUUAAAGUAAAGUAACUGGGUGCAAGUCAAUUAUUGUUGCUGUAAUUUUUAAUUACUAAAAUUCCUGCAUAUCAUUGGCAAUUAAGUUUCCUUUGAUGCUUAUUGAACAGCAACAUUUUUUUUUUACAUUUGUAAAACAAUGUUUGUAUGUUUUGUCAAGAAUUUAAAGUACCGGACACUACCUCCACUUCUUCUGAGUUUGAUUCCCCACACUCUCGUGCUGGCAGAGGCAGAGGCAGAGGGAGGGGAAGAAGUAGGAGACCAGAGGAC